UUACAGUCCGUAAAUCCUAGAAUAAGUUAAUCAAUUUUUAGAAUUUUCAUUAAUUAAUAUAUUAAUUCCCGUUUCUCCUCCCAUUUUUUUUCGAUUUUUCAGCGAAUAGAUAUUUUCCGAUUAAAGCACAGUAAUCAUUUUUUAUGCAAAGAUCUCAGAUUUUCUCUUUUUUUGGAUUCUAUUACGUUAGAACUGUCAGUUUUUCGAUUACGUUUGUAGUUUAUAUUUUGUCCAUACUUUAUCACUGAACUCACGUAUACUAUGAGAGAAAGAUGGUACAGCCUUACGUACAUUUAUAUAUUUAUAGUAUAUAUGUAUGUAUAUGUAAGAAUUGCGUAUCUAAGAAUGGCAUUAAUGCUUGAACAAUUGUAUGACUUUGUGACGUAGUCCAUCAUUCGUAUUAAUUAUUUUAAUUGGUUGUCAUAUAUAAAUAAACAGAUUUUGAUUCAUGUUUCUUUCACAUCAUAAAAGUAUAUACAUACCAUACAGUAGAAUAUAUACAUAAAAUGAUAGAAAUUUAUAGAUAUUUUUAAUCGCAAUUAAGCCGGUAAAGAAGUAAUUAUAUAAUUUAUUUUACACAUAAUUAAAAAACGAUGCGGGUUGCAGUGUACUGUAUAAAAACUGAUACACUGAUAUAAUACAAAACAUAACCUAUAAAACGUUUGAACUUUCUGGUUUUACAAGUGAAAUGUUUUGUCCUAUUAAAUUUCUUAAACGAGGCCGAUCGUUGACAACUGCCGUUAGAUGUAAACGACGAGUUGUUAUUACCGGGCUAGGACUUGUAUGUCCUCUAGGAGUUGGUGUACAGAAUGCUUGGAAGAAUCUUCUUGAAUCUAAGUCUGGAAUAAUUAAACUAUCUGAUGUAGAUUAUGAUAAAUUACCUUGUAGAGUAGCUGCUGUAAUACCUAAAGGAGAUCAAUCACAUGAAUUAGAUAUAAAAUCAUACUUCUCUAAAAGUGAAUUAAGAACAAUGUGUUCUGCUACAGCUUAUGCACUGAUAUCUUCUGAAGAAGCUUUGUCUGAUGCAAAAUGGAAACCUGAAGAAGAAAAUGAUAGAAGAGAUACAGGAGUAGCUGUUGGUAUUGGAAUGAUUGAUUUAGUAGAUGUAUGUGCAACAUAUGAAGCUUUGAAAAAGGGAUACAGUAAAGUCAGUCCUUAUUUUGUACCGCGAAUUCUACCAAACAUGGCGGCAGGUCAUAUUAGUAUUAAAUAUGGAUUUCGAGGACCUAAUCAUUGCGUAUCAACUGCUUGUGCAACUGGAGCACAUGCUAUUGGUGAUGCAUUUCGUUUUAUACGUGGUGGUGAAACUAAUGUUAUGGUUUGUGGUGGAGCUGAAGCAUGUAUCAGUCCAUUAGCUGUUGCAGCAUUUUGUCGUCUUCGUGCACUCAGUACUUCCAGAAAUGAUUCUCCCUAUGAAGCAUCAAGACCAUUUGACAGAGAUAGAGAUGGUUUUGUAAUGGGAGAAGGAUCUGCUAUAUUAGUAUUAGAAGAAUUAAAUCAUGCUCUCAGUAGACAGGCUCCUAUAUAUGCAGAAAUUUUAGGAUAUGGACUCUCAGGAGAUGCAGCACAUAUAACAGCACCUAGUGAAGAUGGUACUGGUGCUUUGUUAGCAAUGGAUAGAGCAGUAAAAGAUGCUGGUAUAGAAACAUCAGAAAUUACAUAUAUAAAUGCACAUGCUACUUCAACUCCAUUGGGUGAUAACAUUGAAUUAAAAGCUGUAGAAUCUCUUAUGGGAGAACAUAGUAAAAAUGUGUUUGUAUCUAGUACAAAAGGAGCUCAUGGACAUUUAUUAGGUGCGGCAGGAAACUUAGAAGCUGCCUUUACGAUCUUGGCUAUAAAAGAUGCCGUGAUACCACCAACAUUAAAUUUACAUAAUUUAGACAUAGAGACAAGCUUAAAUUUUGUACCUAAUGUAAAGAAAAAUUGGUCUGCCACUGGAAGAAGAGUAGCUCUAAAGAAUGCUUUUGGUUUUGGCGGAAUAAACGCGUGUCUCUGUUUUGCAGAAUAUAUUGCUUAAAAACAGAUCAAAAACAUUAGGCAUUUUACCACAUUGAAAAAGCAUAAUAUGCUGUACAUGCUCGAUAUAAUAAAUGGACGAUAUUUUAUACAGGAAUAAUAAAAUCAUUGUAAAUACCUUUGUACAUUUGCUGUAAACAAGUUUAGAAAAAAAAAAAAAAUAUUCGAUAAUGAAUCUAAUCUUAAUUAUCAACUAUUAUAGUAACUUAAAUAUUUUAAAUAAUUUUAUGCAACAAUAUACAAUAUACAAAUUACAUGAUUUAGGAUAGAUUCCUUUUUAUAUAGAACUUAUUACAUUAAAAUUACACAAAAAGAGAUGUAAACUGGAAUAAUAAAAUAUAUAUUGGAA